CUCGCAACAUAACUGUUCUGGAUUUCUAUAUUCGAUCUUUACAUCGUUCAGAAUACUCGUUACAACCUCCAAAAUGGCUUCCCUCGCUUCCUGUAUCUUCUGCAAGAUCAUUAAGGGUGAAAUCCCUUCGAUGAAGCUUCUGGAAACUGAGUCCGUUUUUGCGUUUAUGGACGUUGGACCUAUCGCCAGGGGUCACUGUCUCGUUAUUCCCAAGCAGCAUGCGGCCACUUUUACCGAGCUUCCUGAUGAAGCUAUGGUUGAUAUCUUGCCUACCUGCAAGAAGCUCGCUGCUGCUACCGGAGCUGAGAACUACAACAUCCUUCAGAACAAUGGCCGACCUGCUCAUCAAGUUGUCGACCACGUCCAUUUCCACGUUAUUCCCAAGCCUGCCGAGGCUGGCGACAAGGAAGGUUUGGUCAUUGGCUGGCCCACUCAAAAGGACCUUUCAAAAGACGAGAUUUCCAAGAUAUUUGAGCAGAUGAAGAGCAGGCUCUAAAUGGUUCUCAGUCUCCAUCUCGAAGUGGAAAGAGCGCGGAUUUGAGUGAGGAAGACACUCGGCUAUGUUUUUGCCUUUCGACAAUGUACAUUCUUUUGGUAAAGGGGGUUUAAGUUGAUGAUAACGAUGACGACAAAGUAUGCAGCGUAGUAUCUGUCGCAAGGUCUCCCAAUUAUGCUGCCCUUCAGCAAGGGCCAUGACGGUUACUUUCCAGUAACAGGCAAAGUACUUGAACUGCAAAGCGGAAAAGUUAAGAGGAUAACUAUUAGUAACUCCUAUCCACAUCCCCCAGGCAGGCAGGGGAGUCCCGCUGGUAUGGCCUUGAAAGCACAUCAUCGUCCUGCAACUAUUCCUUUCCACGUCAACGCCGGUUGUCUUGAGAUUUUUGAUUAUGACAGGGGUUCCGGAAUUUUCUUAAAAAGAUACUUGGGAGCAGAUGUCUCUCUAUGGAAUGAUGAUAUAAUAUGAGUUAAGGUUGUACAGUGAGGGUUAAACUGUCUGGAAGAGGGAGGGAAAGAGGUGUUUAGAGUUGGAGGCCGCAGAGACCAGUGAAAUGGAUGCCCUGCGAACACCCCCGUAGGUUCUCUAUCCUUUUCCUUUUUGAUUUUUGCACAGACAGAACCAGUUGUUACAGAACUUUCAAAUGCAUACGUACCAC